AAGACAACAACAUUGCAAGGCAGCAACACAUGACAACACACCAUGGUACAAACAUUAUUGGGCACAGACAACAGCACAAAGGAAUGUUUACUGUUGAGGAGCGAGAGAAGGCCACCCUCAGGCAGUGUGUGCAGGCCCGCUGUCAGCUGGAGGAGGCCAUCGGCGGGGUGACGAGGGCUGAGGUCCAGCUCAAGGAUAACUCCAGAGAGGUGAAGUCCCAGCUUCAGACCUGUAUCAGCAGACACCUGGAGUCUAUGCGUUCCCGUGAGGUGUGGCUGCUGGAGCAGAUUGACCUUGUGCAGCAGCUAAAGGGAGAGGCUCUGCAGGCACAGCUACAUCAGCUUCACUUGCUCCGAGGCCAGUUUGACAUUCUCAUCCAUCAGCUGGAAAACUUCAACAGCAACGACCUGGCCAACCAGCUCACCGGCUGCAUGGAGAAGUUAUCUUCUCUGAACCUGACUCCUGAGGAAACCCCUGAGAUGAGCUUCCAGGCUGACACUCGUUCCCUGCGCCAGGCCAUCACCUCCUUUGGCACCAUUGCCACCCAGCACGUGGAAGGAGGCCCUGUGCUGAAUAUCUCCUCUCAAAGCUCAAAUGCCAGCGAGCGACAAUGGCUUCAGCAGGGUUGUCCAAUCGCAGCUAAGAAACAGAGGGUGGAGUCGGCACCUCUUGGAAACCGUCCAGAGACUACCGCCCCAGUUGGAUACCAGUCGAGUAAGAACCUACAGGAUUGGUUGAUCACCCGCAGUGAUGUUCAGUCAUCUUGCCCCAUGGCCCCCUUUGACUUCCUCAAGGCCUGGGGCCAGCUGCAUGAUCUGGAGAUGUGGCUACAAAAGAAGCCUCCCGUCAGAGAGAGAACCAGCUGUAGCACCAGCAGCAGCUCAACCUUCUCCAUUGAGAAAAUCGAUGAGUCUGAGUUAGACAUGGCUCUGGGGGAAGAGGUGGGCCACGAGGAGGGGGAGGAAGAGUGGGCUAAGACGGAUGAACUGAGCGACUGGCUCAUCACCCCGGCAACUGUUGCCAAGGAAACCACCAGCAAGAGCUGCCAGGCAUCUGAACCUGACAGGUGGAAGCAUAUCUUCAAACCUUUCCAGGAGGGCUUCUCCUCCAGCGAGUGGCUGCUCAAAUCUGACUGCGGAUCGUGCUGUGCGACCCACACCAAGCCUGUGGCGAUUGAGAACCUGGGCAAACUCUUGUGCCUGAAGACCCUCCCAGCCUCAGCAGCCAUCACCCCUGCCACCACCACACCCCAAACCCCCAACACACCCAGCUCUGUGGAGAUCUGGCUGCAGCAGGCUAUUCCAGUACAGCAGUCGUGCAAAGCCAACGAGUCCUGCUCCAGCUACUCUCAGUGUGUGUGUGACAAGAACUGCGGCAAAGAAGCCCUCUGCGCCUGGCUCCUCAAGAAGGAGGGUCGGGACAAGAACGGGGUUUCUGUGGACAAGAACAACCCCAGCAAGCAGUCCAUCCUCGACUAUCAAGAGCAAGAACAGAAGGUUCAGGCCAUCCUGGAGGCCUGGCUCUACCCUUGCGAGCCUCGUAAGACCAUGGACUCCACAUCCCCAGUCAUGUCAUCCCUCUCAGCCUGGUUGUCUCCACCAGCCUCCCAGGGUGAAAAGCCCAGCAUGGAGGAACACAGCUCCCAGUUCAAUGGCCCCAAGUCAGAAAGUCCUUUAAGCAAACCACUGCAGCCAGAGUGCUGGGUUUUACCUGAGAAGACACAAAGUAGCACCGCUGCCACACCGAGUCAGGAGACGACAAAGGAGCAACACACCACAGAACCAGAGGAAGACAAGUGGCUUCUACGCAAGAGGGCCAAUGCUCAGGAGCGACUUGCCCCUUCCACAGUAUGUGAUCUAUUUUCCUGUAUGAAAAUCGGUGGAGACAAGGAGAAGUGGCUACACAGGGUCCCUAUACAGAUGUGACAAGUAUAUCCAGUAGUGAGUGUGCUGAUCCUCGCACACAAUGUCUUGCUUUGCCUUUUCCUCCAAUUCUCUUCUGGGACUGGGCUUUUUAUUUUUAUUUUUUUGUCAUGGAGAUAUGCCUCCCAACCCCAGUCUGAAGUAGACUGGGGUUACUGGAGCUACUACCAUUAUCUGAUUGUUCUGUGCAUUUAGGUCUGAUGGAAUUCUGUGAAUUUGCCUUCAAUAAUCACAGUGGGGUUGUCAAUACCUUGUCAUGCUAGCAAGAUUAGCCUUGGGCUCUAAAGCGAAUCUGCAGUGUGACUGAGAAUCACUAGUCCUGAAAGGACCAGCUCACAUGAAUAUGUAAACAUAAUUUUCCUUUAGUCUGAGGAUGAUGUGAGGCAGGAGGUUUAGGUGCGACAGAAAUAAGAGAUUUGAAUCAACCAUAAUUUAGGAACGCUUGUUUUUGUGUAAUGUGGUAAAGUGCAUGUCACUAAUAUGAAUAGCUGGUCUUUGUAGUGACUAUGCCUUGUGGGUAUUUGGUUAACCCCCAUACUCAAAUAAGAGUAUCAAGUAAUGUAAGCAAAGCCAUUCUUUUCAUUGUAAAUGUCUUCUUCUGAUCUUACAAGCUAAACCUAAAGGCAUUGCCAAUACAUCUACCCUUAUUGCACUAACAUAACUCUAUAGUUCUGAUUUGCUUGCCUCCUAUAUAUCACCUGUGUGUUGAGAUUUUCACUGCUGUGCAAGUGUUUUCAUGUUGCAAAAGAUGCCAGCUGAAAACGUUGUGCCCAAUAUCGAGUUUCCAUUGAUAUGACUUUCGAUUGGCUGAAUCCAAUGAAGAAAACAUCUACCGCGUAAUAAUUUUAGUACCCACCAAAAGAACAUGUACUUGAUGACCAUUGAUGUGUAUGUCUUUCUGCAUAAUACCUCUUUAGCUGUCUCACCAUAGUGCUUAGAACAAAGAUUCCUCAAAAUGUGUACCUGGCUCUUUGCGAAGGAGAGUUGGAGAGGAGAAACGCCAUAGACUGGUUGGUUGUUUAGCAACAAAACCGACGGGUGCGCAACUAUGGGUCAAAACAAACAGGGUUGGUUUAGAUUGUUAACAACAUGUAAACUAUAUUUAGUCUCAAUGUUUAUUGAAAACAAAAUGCAUUUGCACAAUGAGCAUUUAGUUACAUUUGUUAGUUAGCGAAUUUGAGCCAUAUUUGCUUUGACAUGAAAUCAGUCAAAACACAUCAAAACAAUAAAUGGUAUAAAUAAGAUACGAGCCACCUACGAUUCCCCACACGACAGCUUUGUCAUUGUUGCUAGCUAUCUGACCAUUCAGUCAUAAUGUGCGGCUUCCGGACACAUCGAUGCGCACAUCAGUUUCUUGACAUCAGCCAAACCCGUCUAUGGUGCUCGAUGAAUGGUUCUAGUGUUUGAUACUAGGACUUGGUUUUUCAGUUCAUCUGGUGUGCCUGUGCAAAUGCUUUGUACCACAAAGUAGAACUAUCCAUAUGAUCACUUGUGUUAUGCUCUCUGGAGUGCUACCUGUACCAUAAUUAACUCUUAAUAAAAACAAGUAAACCUUGA